AUGGCGCUCCUAUCACCAGCUCUACUGCUGUCUGCUGGCGGCGCACUGUUGCUUGUCUAUCUCGCUCAGUGCCUCACGUCCCAUCUCCGAAAGAUCCCCGGUCCCUGGUAUACCGUCUUCACCGGUCUCGUCCUGAAGUGGCACGCUUUCCAGGCGAGCCGGACCAAGUAUAUUCAUCAAUUACACCAGAAAUACGGCCCGGUAGUGCGGGUAGCACCUGACGAGGUGUCAUAUACAUCGUACGACGCUGUCAAGGAGAUAUAUGGCUCCGGUGGCAGCGGGUAUGAUAAGACUGAAUUCUACGAUCUUUUCAGGGUGUAUGGCCGAAGGACCAUGUUCACGACACUGAAGAGGGAAGAUCAUGCCAAACGAAAGAGGAUCAUUGCGGAUCGGUACGCCAACAGCAACGUUGUCAAGCCGGCGCCGUUGUCGGGCAUCCAGGAGAGGUCUCGGAGGUUCCUUGAUCGCUGUCUUUCAUCGGGCCCUGGAGGUCAUGACAUCUUUAUGUCCCUGCACGCAUAUGCAUGCGAUUGUGUCACCCACCAUCUGUUCAACCCGUACGGCACAAACUGCCUGCAGGACAAGAACGAUGAAGAAAUGAUGCACCAGGUGGCAUCCGACGAUAGCCUGCAGACAUUACAAUCCGACGUUGCACAAGCUCCGGCGCGCGUGCUGUACUUCUUCGUCAAACCUCGUGAGACACCGUUGGCAGACAACUACGUGAUGGAGUCGAGCAAACGCUCCGAUCCGUCUCCAUUCACGCUGCUCAGCCGAUUGCACGAAAAGGCGGCAGCGAGCGGCGGCACCCUAGACCAGGCGGACAUGGCAGGAGAGUGUCUCGAUCACAUGGCGGCCGGCAUUGACACAACGGGCGAUGGCCUUUGUUUCCUAAUGUGGCAGCUGUCGCAGCCAUCGUCGAUGCACUGCCAGGAGAAGCUGCAGCAGGAGCUGCGCAACAACCCAGAUGUCGACUUCGACAAGCUGCCCUACCUGGAUGCCGUGAUCCAGGAAGGCUUGCGAUGCUUCCCUCCCAUCCCCAUGUCGCUUCCCCGACGAGUGCCGCAGGGUGGAAAGGUCGUGGACGGCUACUUCGUGCCCGGAGGCACCAUCGUCAGCUGCCAAGCGUACUCUGUGCACUCAAUCAACAGCCAGGUAUUCCCUGAGCCGGAGAAAUUCGAUCCCGAGCGAUGGACUGCCGCAGAGGGUGACGUGGAGCGAAAACGACUCAUGUUUGCGUUUGCCAACGGUGGCCGAGGCUGUGUCGGGAAACAGUACGUGUCUCGAGGCAACAGACAACAGAGUCUUUCCACUGACAUGCAUAUAGCCUGGCCCUUGCUGAGAUGA